AUGUGUGAACUGAAUACCUCCAAGAAGUAUUGUUAUCCGCAAUUAAGCAAAAAAGGUGUGUCAAGAUGGCAAGGUCUGGAUAAGUGGUUGAACAGUACCUUAUUAGAUAAUAAAUCUUCCGAAUGGGCCAACCGCUUCAGUCCUGAGGUAGAUACAGAAAUAAAGGAUAUGAACGGGCAGGUGAUGUCGUGGGGAGACAUAAUCCACAGAAUAAUGGACCAAAUCAAGAGAAAUAUCGUGGCACAUCAGACCGGGUCUAGGAGGACAAAAUUAUGGACUCCAGCGGAAUGGUAUAAGAUAUUGGCGGAACCCUCAGAGGACACGUUGGAGUGGGAUAAAAAUGAACAGACCAGGAAAGUUCUCAUCGUAAUAGUUUGUCUAAUAACGGGAUUAACCGAUAUCACCAAAAGUUCAGGGGAGAGAUAUCCAGGAAGGGAACAAAUAUGUGCCAAAGUCGAUGAGGGAUUAGCAGUCUAUGAACACCAAUGGAAUAAUUGGGAGGGGGAGCGCGGUCCAAGCACUGGCGUAGAUACCCAGCAAUGUACCCAUGGAAAGGCAUCUGAAGAAUGUGAGGGGGCAAGUCUGGGUUUAAUACUGACAGUAUAUGAGGCCCUAACAGCAGUAUGUUCAAAGUGUGGUCCAUAUCAAAUAAACAAGUGGAUGAAAUCAUCAGGGAGGGUGGAGGGGAGUAGGCCUAGCUUAUAUUGUAAACUGAAAGGAGAUGUAUUGGAAUGUGACAAGACUACAACUUCCCCUCCUGACGUCUCAGCAUUAUGGUUCAGUAGGGAUACAGUAGGCGUUAAAAAUAAGGAUGAAGUCCUUUCGCCGCCAAUGACCAGUCCGCAUUCAACCCCCCCCGGGAGCAGCCAGCCUCCUAUCGUAACCGUGGCGCGUAGCGUACAGAGCGACGAAGUAGAAGCAAUGUCCCCGGGAGCAAUAGGAACCGAAAAGGUCCUUCAGCGUCUCCAGCCUGAGAAAAACAGGGAAAAAGAGGCCGAAGCCUUACAGACCAGUCAGGAAGCGGCAGAAGCAGGAGGGAGCCAAAGCGGAAGCCAGAGGCCCCCUGCGCAACUUAGCGCCAAUGAGAGUCAUGAAAGUGGAACAGGAACCCCCGAACGCCCGCGUCCUAUUGGCCUAGGUUCAGAGCAGGAGGAAGAUUCAGGGGUGUAUAAUGCGCAAAGUAAUGGGAGCAAGGGGAAUUUAAAGGAUACCGCAGUGGCGGAAGACACUAGCCAGGGAUUAAAGAGCAGCGUGGGGAGCAUUGUGGGUGGGAUAUUCGGCGUUUUGAUACUUGGAAUAGCAGCAGGGUAUGGCAUAUUUCGGGUUUGUGGCCCGCAGAGGCAUCGGGACAGGGGAAAAGGGGCCUUCAGAAGGGGAGACAAAAUGAAUUAUGGUGUCGGGAACGGCUCAGGGGGGAACAGGAUCAAUAUUUCAGUCCUUCAUGUUCCGGCCUAG